AUGAAUGGCCAUUUUGAAAUACUCAAGUACGCCUUUGACAAUGGCUGUCGUUGGGAUGAAAAAACCUGCAGCUACACUGCUGCCGCAGGGCAUUUGAAUAUUCUGAAGUAUCUUCAUGAGAAUGGCUGCCCUUGGAAUUCAUCCACAUGCUGCCAAGCAGCAAGUGGAGGUCGUUUUGAUAUUCUGAGGUAUGCACAUGGGAACGGUUGCCCCUGGGACGAAAAAACUUGCCAACAUGCAGCCAGAGUGGGCAAUCUGGAAAUGCUGAAAUAUGCGCAUAAUAAUGGUUGCCCAUGGAACCAACUUGCCUUCCAGCAGGCGGCCCGCAAUGGUCAUUUACACGUUCUGAAAUGGUUGCAUGAAAACGGCUGCCCAACUGAUGAAGAUCUCUGUGCGAUUGCUGCUCGGAAUGGUCAUGUGGGAGUCCUGAAGUGGGCUCUUCUCAAGGAGUUUGUAUGGGAUGCAAAAAUUUGUUCCACUGCAGCUGAAAAUGCUGGCCAAGCAGAAGUUCUCAAGUUUGCUUGUGAAAAUGGCUAUGAGUGGCACAUGUGUGAAUUUUCUUGUCAGAAUGCUGCUGGCAGAGGCCAUUUGGAAGUUUUGAAGUAUGCGCGGCAAAGAGGGUCCCCCUGGGAUGAAGGUACUUGUAAAAGUGCUGCUUCGAAUGGACACUUAGAUAUCCUCAAAUGGGCCCAAGAGCAGGGGUGUCCUUGGGACGAAGAGACUUGUGCUGCUGCUGCUGCCAGCGGUCACCUACAUAUCCUCAAAUGGGCCCGAGAGCAUGGUUGUCCUUGGGAUACAGACACUUGUGCAAGGGCUGCUGCCUUUGGUCGCCUAGAUAUUCUCAAAUGGGCCCAUGAGCAUGGAUGUCCUUGGGAUGCAAGCACUUGUGCUCGCGCUGUUUCCAAGGGUCACCUCGGUGUCCUCAAAUGGGCACACGAGAACGGUUGUCCUUUGGAUGGAAACACUUGUGCCGCUGCUGCCACCAAUGGCCACCUACAUAUCCUCAAAUGGGCCCAUGAGCAUGGUUGUCCUUGGGAUGGAAACACUUGUGCAAAUGCUGCACGCUAUGGUCAGCUAAAUAUCCUCAAAUGGGCCCAUGAGCAUGGAUGUCCUUGGGAUUCGAGCACUUGUGCAAGUGCUGCUGCCUUUGGUCACCUAGAUAUCCUCAAAUGGGCCCACGAGCAUGGCUGCCCUUGGGACGAAGAGACUUGUGCUCGCACUGCUGCCUCUGGUCAUUUGGAAGUUCUGGAAUGGGCCCAUGAAAAUGGCUGUCCCUGGGAUGAAACUGCUUGUGCCAAUGCAAGAUAUGGUGGCCACGAGGAUGUAUUAGAAUAUCUCGAAGCAAAUGGCUGUCCACCGGAAUAA